GAUCGGUGGACGCGAUGGACCUAUGGCAUGCCAUAUUUUCCCUAGCUUCUUGGUUUUAAGUAUGGAUACAAAAUGUCUCCAUACAUUUAUUUCAUGGAUCUCCCGGAAUUCAUCUUCUAAGUUGUUGACAUUCCCCUUCAAUUUUUCCUGUCUUCAACUUUCGACAGAAGGGACAACAGCUUCAUCUACCUCUUAGUUGGUACUUGGAUGACCUAUCUCGUCUUGUUAUAAGGACCCCUACAGUAGUUAGUUGUUGAUACGCGAUCCUCGAGGCUUUUCGAGUCUUCCCGAGUCUUCCGUAUCUUCCUCCUUUUCUACUUCCCAAUCCGAGAUUCAACAAAGGCUUGACGAUGCACGCGUCCACGUCAGCUGUGGGAUCAGCAUUGCUGUUCUCUUUGGCUUCUGCCAUGCCGAAUCUUAGUCCUAGACAGACAGAUUCCGCCCUCGAGCCCUGGGUGACCGUUAACGAAGAUGGCGAGCCGAGCACUGUUACCCCCGUUCUCAGCACCAUCAGCGGUACUCCCACAAUUCUCUCAGGCGCUCCUCAUGACCUGACCGCAACUGUCUUCACCGAGACCAACUACGGCAAGGUUUCCACGAGCACUGGUACCGCUCCGAUUCCUACCGCAACCGGUGGUACAGCUGGAGCCGGCUCGUUCCCCGUCUGCCACAACAAAGAUGGUGAUAAUGCUCCGUGGUGUCUACCAACCCAAGGUACACCAUUAUAUGUUGGCACCACAUACUACUUUACUUGGGACACAUCGUACUUCCCACACCCGAAUACGACCAUCUUAGUCCAAGGUAACUACCUCAACGACACAACAGGCGAAAUCACCGACCAAGCUUUCGAGUCACCUAAGUGGUCCGCAUCUUGGGGUUUCUGGAGUUACAAAGUCGAGGACAGCAUAUUAAAACACCAGUCUGGCAAGAAUAUCAGCCUGCAGCUAGCCACUUUGACUGCCAAGGGCAACUCUAGUGAUAUCAUCCCAGGUCCUACUAUCCUAGUUACGCAACACCCUGGACCUCAGCCGGACACCGGCAAGACGCCCGAUCUUCGCGCUUUAGCAAUUGCCCUGCCAACCGUAGUGGGGUUCAUUGCUCUGUGCGUUAUUGGAACGUGCCUGUGGAACAGGAGGGACCGCCAGAUCGGCCUCGGAAACAUCAUGUCCCGCAGCAGGCACGGAUACGGUGUUGGCAAGAGCUCGCGCUCGCGGAUGGGUCUCGGUAAGAAGAACAAGGCUAACGAGCGCAUCCAAUUGAUGCAGCAGGAGCUCGAGGCCGAAGGCGGUGAAAUCUAUCGCGAUGAGCCCGAUCUCCCACGACGGGACUCGGAUGCCCUUGGUAGCUUGGCGGGGACACCAACUGAGGAACGUCACAUGGACUUCCGGGACCAGCGGGAUCGAUUGAGAUGAUAAAAACGAGAGGUCCCUAGAGUGGUCUCUUCAGACCUUUGCUCGGGAACUUGCACUACAAGAAAAUCAAUGGUGGAUAGUAAUGAAUGACGCGGGAAACACCACACCGUCACCAUUGAAACGAAAGGCCAUAUACGUAUAUGAUGAGUCU